AUGAUCGCUGAUUAGAAUAUGGAUAAGUCUAAAAAUAUCUACUCACUUCAAAGGAAAUAUUGUUGUUAGAACUUAUUAAUAGCUCAAAAAAAUAUAAACCAAAACAAAUAAGAAUUUUAUAAUAGAUUAAUUGAUCAAUCAUUAGUUAAUUGGCUGAAUAUUUGGAGAGAAUAUUUGUAGAAGUAAGGAAUAGGAAAUAUUUAGAUAUCACGGAACCAAAAUCUUCAGCUUGCACAAUUGA